GUGUACGCGGGGCGCUGAGGGCGGUGCGCAGCCAUGUCGGAACGGAAAGUGUUGAACAAAUAUUACCCGCCGGACUUCGAUCCCGCGAAGAUCCCGAAGCUCAAACUCCCGAAGGACCGUCAGUAUGUGGUGCGGCUCAUGGCCCCGUUCAACAUGCGCUGUAAGACGUGCGGUGAAUACAUCUAUAAGGGGAAGAAGUUUAACGCCCGGAAGGAGACGGUUCAGAACGAGGUGUAUUUGGGCCUCCCCAUAUUCCGCUUCUACAUCAAGUGCACGCGGUGCCUGGCAGAGAUCACCUUCAAGACAGAUCCUGAGAACACAGACUACACCAUGGAGCACGGAGCCACUCGUAACUUCCAAGCUGAGAAGCUCUUGGAGGAAGAGGAGAAAAGGAUGCAGAAGGAGAGGGAAGAGGAAGAGCUGAACAAUCCCAUGAAGGUCCUGGAGAACCGAACCAAGGACUCCAAACUGGAGAUGGAAGUUCUGGAGAACCUACAGGAGCUGAAGGAGCUCAACCAGCGCCAGGCAAACGUUGACUUUGAGGCCAUGCUGCAGCAGUACAAGGAAUACGAGGAGGAGCGGAAGCGCAGGGAGCAGGAGGAGGAUGAGCAGGAGAUGAAAGCCAUGCUGGAGCAGGCCCAGAACCGCCGGCUGCUGCCGGACUCCGACUCUGACGAAGAGCCUUCAAAACCCCGAAGCGAACCCGCGGUGAAAGCAAGGCCUACGGACAUCCUGCAGGAGGACCCUCAGCCCCAGAGCAAGAAGCUGAAGACUGAAAGCUGGGAGCGGAGCGUGGGCAAAUGGAACAGCAAGUCACAGCUGGCUGCGCUGGUGACAGCCAGGAAGCAGAAGCUGAGCGCCACCCAGGUUAACGGGGCAGAGAAGCGCGGCACCGCAACCGGCACCGGUUCCCUGCCCAGCACUGUGAGCACCACGUCGUCCCUCAGCUUGUUGGGAGCCUACACAGACAGCGAGAGUGACUGAGGAGCGCUGGGAUCACACCGGGCUGCCCUGUCGUGUCCCCCCCCCCCCCCCCGGCCUCCCGUGCUGUCCCGCAGUGGGGCUGUGGGCACCAAUCCUGCACUGUGGGGUGGCGCAUCCCGGGGCGGUGCUGGGAGGCACUGCGACCAUAUAGGACUGCUCUGCAUCCCCUCUGCUGUCCUCGGCAGCCCCCCACCCUCCUGCUGUGCUAAAGGCAGCCUGGAGCCUUCCUGCCCCCCCCCCAACCCCCCCCCCAGGGGGACGUGAGCUCAGUUUGUUUGUAGCCAAACCCCCCCCCACAUCUCUGCCCCCUCCUAUGGGGUCAGUGGGGCUGCCGUGGGGGGGGCGGUGGGGUCGGCUGUGCCCACGGAGGGCCCCAAUCGCUGAAUAAAGGGGGUGUGUGGGA